AGCUUUUACCCAUAGUCCCUGAACAUGUUGAAACAAGAGAACUUACGCACCCAGCAAUGCCUGGUUUACCUCAGGGUCAGCUGCUGCUUUGGGUUGAUUUAUUUCCUGCCAACAUAUCACCACUACCUUCAGCUGUUAACAUUACUCCUCGUCAGCCUCAAAAAUACAUACUGCGGGUUGUUAUAUACAAUGUAUUUGAAGCUCCUUUACAAGAAACAAGCUUUGUAGCCAAAGAAAAGAUGAGUGACGUGUAUGUGAAGGGAUGCUUCAAGGAACCAGCAAUGUUCAGAAAACAGACAUUCAUUACAGGUGUAUGGAUGGAGAAGCAAAUUUCAAUUGGCGACUUGUUUAUCAUUUGGAGAUGAUAGAAGCAGAACAAGUAAUGGUAGUUGAACAUAAAGAACAUGCAUGGAGUCUGAAGUCAACACAGCAACGCAGACCACCACAGCUUACCCUCCAGCUCUGGGACAAUGACCUUAUUAUGAGAGACGAUUAUCUCAGUGAGAUGACACUCGAUUUGUGUAACUUGCCCAAACCAGCCAAAACUCUAAAGGGGGUUGGCCCUGAUCAAGUACCUCAGAUGAUGGGUAAUGGAGAUAUAAACAGCGUUACUAUAAAUAUUCUGGACGAUUACAGAACCACUGUCAACCUUUUUGAAGCAAAGAGAGUGUAUGGAUAUUUUCCAUUUACAAGUGUUGUCGAUGGAAUCACUGAAAUAGCUGGGAAAAUUGAAAUGGAAAUGGAAGUUCUAACUGAGGAAGAAGCUAAAGAACGUCCUGCAGGGCAAGGAAGAGAUGAGCCAAACCUUAAUCCCAAGUUACCAGACCCAGAGUGAGUAUGAAUUUAUGCAAGUAUACUAAAUUAAUUU